AUGAUUUGUGUGAUCCGAUCUAGGUGGUGCGAUCCUGCAAUUUCCUGUGAAUCUGUUGAUGUAGGUAAGGGCGAUGGUGUGGUGGUGGUAGUGGUAGUGGUGUUGCUCUUUGGUGGUGCUGUGAUAGUGGUGCAAGAGUGGUUGGAGUUACAGGAAGCAGAGAUAGUUUAUUUGCACGAGAUGAUAAGAAUGAAGGCUGGAAAGAUUAUAGUUUUCCUUCUCUGUCUAAAUUUGGUGUCCAUUCUAGCGAUUGCUGCCGGCCCACCCACAUGUCCUGCAGAUGUUGGUAGUGAUUGUGCCAGUGAUUCGGGCGAAUGGAAAGGGGAGUUCUUCCCUGGCAUUCCUAAGAUUAAGUAUGAGGGUCCUUCUAGCAAGAAUCCUCUUUCUUUUAAAUGGUAUAAUGCUAAUGAGGAGAUUCUUGGGAAAAAAAUGAAGGAUUGGAUGCGAUUCAGUGUAGCGUUUUGGCAUACAUUCCGUGGGACGGGAGGUGAUCCAUUCGGUGCACCUACGAAGAUGUGGCCAUGGGAAGAUGGCACGAAUUCCCUAGCUAUGGCUAAGAGAAGAAUGAGAGCUAAUUUUGAGUUUCUGGACAAGCUUGGAGUAGACAAGUGGUGUUUCCAUGACAGGGACAUUGCUCCUGAUGGUAAAACACUCGAGGAAAGUAAUGCUAACUUGGAUGAAGUAGUAGCCCUUGCCAAAGAACUUCAGGGGACGAAGAUUCAUCCUCUCUGGGGCACAUCUCAAUUGUUUCACCAUCCACGGUACAUGCAUGGAGGGGCAACUAGCCCUGAUUUGGCAGUAUAUGCGUACUCAGCAGCACAGGUCAAGAAAGCCAUGGAGGUUACACACUAUCUAGGUGGAGAAAACUAUGUUUUCUGGGGUGGUCGAGAGGGUUAUCAGACUCUUUUGAACACAGAUAUGGAAAGAGAGCUUAAUCAUAUGGCAAGGUUUUUGGAAGCUGCUGUUGCCUAUAAGAAGAAGAUUGGAUUCAAUGGGACGCUACUCAUUGAACCUAAGCCCCAGGAGCCUACAAAACACCAGUAUGACUGGGAUGCUGCAACAGCAGCUAACUUCCUGAGAAAAUAUGGACUCAUAGAUGAAUUUAAGCUGAAUAUUGAGUGCAACCAUGCAACUCUCGCCGGUCAUAGUUGUCAUCAUGAGCUCGAGACUGCAAGAAUUAAUGGUUUACUCGGAAACAUUGACGCAAAUACUGGCGACCCUCAAAUCGGUUGGGAUACCGAUCAGUUUAUGAUGGAUAUAGGGGAAGCAACAUUAGUUAUGCUCAGUGUAAUUAAAAAUGGAGGAUUGGCGCCUGGAGGAUUCAAUUUUGAUGCAAAACUUCGAAGAGAGAGCACAGAUGUGGAUGACAUAUUCAUUGCUCACAUCGCUGGUAUGGAUACUCUAGCCCGUGGACUCCGUAAUGCUGCCAAGCUGAUUGAGGACGGUUCUUUGGCUGAGCUUGUCCGCAAGAGAUAUGAAAGUUUUGACACAGAAAUUGGAGCUCAAAUAGAGGCUGGGAAGGCUGAUUUUGAUAUGCUCGAGAAGAAGGCCAUGCAGUGGGGAGAACCUAAAGUUUCUUCUGCUAAACAGGAAUUGGCCGAGAUGAUCUUUCAAGCUGCACUGUAG